AUGGUUGACUUCAAAUCUAUAAUCCGCCCCAAUAUCUACUCUCUUGAACCCUAUAGAUGUGCUCGAGAUGACUUCAAAGAAGGUAUUCUUCUAGAUGCUAAUGAAAACACCCAUGGCCCAGCUCUCUCCCAGCCGUCAGACUCAGAAAAACAACUACAAUUGAACAGGUACCCUGACCCACACCAGGAAGAGCUUAAACAACAAAUUAUCGAUUUCAGAAAUUCACAGCCUAAUGAGCACUCGAAACAAAACUUAAAAGUCUCAAACUUGUGUUUAGGUGUUGGCUCAGAUGAAAGCAUUGAUAUGUUACUUAGAUGUUGUUGUGUUCCCGGCAAGGAUAAAUUGCUCAUAUGUCCACCAACAUACGGAAUGUACAGCAUCUGUGCUACCGUUAAUGACGUUGAAAUUGUUAAGGUGCCAUUGACAACACCCGAUUUUCAAAUUGAUAUUAAUGCAAUCGUUGAAAAAGUCACAGCUGAUCCAACUAUAAAUUUAUUAUAUCUCACGUCUCCAGGUAACCCCACGGCGCAAUUGAUCAACCCGGAUGACAUCAUCAAGCUUCUUCAAGAAACGGAUGAAAAGAACUGGAAUGGGUUGAUUGUUGUAGAUGAAGCCUAUAUUGACUUUACUGCUCCCAAAGAUAAUGGCCACAGUCAGUCAAUGUCUACAUUGGUUAACCAGUACGCAAACCUUGUUGUGUUGCAAACAUUGAGUAAGUCAUUCGGCUUGGCCGGUAUCAGACUAGGUAUCACUUAUUGCGAUGAGCAAUUGGCCAGAAUCUUGAAUGCAAUGAAGUACCCAUAUAAUAUAUCUUCCUUGACUUCGGAUGUUGCAAUCAGAGCAACAUCGCCCAAGAAGGGCUUGCAAGUGAUGCAAAAUUACGUGAAAUCCAUUAUAGAGCAAAGGGAAUUUGUUCUCGAGAAAAUCUUACAAUUUGAAUACGUUGGUAGAAACAUUGGUGGAUUGGAUGCAAAUUUCAUCUUGGUUGAGAUAUUGGAUAAGGACAAGAAGCCAUCGAACGAAGUAGCUAACAAAUUGUAUAACACUUUGGCUGUAGACAAUGCUGUUGUUGUUAGGUUUAGAGGUAAAGAGCUCAAUUGUACUGGUGCUUUACGAGUUUCAAUAGGAACCGAAGAAGAAAACAAAGUAAUGCUUCAAAAAUUUGAGCGAGUCUUGAACGAGAUCAAUAAAUAG